UUCCAAUGAGGUAACAAACAGUUAUCCUCGUAAUAGCUGAUACAUUACAGAAGUUAAUGUUUUGAUUUUUUGCAUGUUAGGUUCAACCACGGUGCGAUAAUGAACAGCUUUUAGAAUCAUUGUAAAGUUCCAUCUCCAUAAUCCUUCCAUUGUUCAACGGGUGAAACGCGACUCCAAACUGGCGUCGUCAGUGUCUAAGCAACGACGCACAAUAACAUUGUAGCACCGAAAAUAAAUAAUAUUUUUUUUGCUCCAUUAGGAUUUUUUUAUUUUUUUUUACUAACUCCAAAUUACCGAGGAAAACGACAAAAACGACGUCUACGAGGAUUUCAUUUGACAUUUUACCGAGUUGUUUUGUCUUCGCGUCAUUCCUGGUGAAAAUGUAUGGGCGCGCUCCUAGAGUUACCUACCUCACCGUGGGCAGCACCACGUCCGAAGUUGGGCCAGGAUCAUACGAGGUCAUUCAAUACAAAACCAAAAAAUCAGAUGGCUAUGCUCCGUUCCUCUCACUCUCCAAACGACCCUCAAUGUUCCACAGGUCCAGCAAUGACAAAGCCUUGCCUGGACCGGGACAAUACAACAGCUCACAUAGCAAGGAUAACAUUCUGGGAGGACAAAGUCUAAAGAAUCGAUCAAAGCGGUUUGAUGAGGUGGUGUCAGAAGUCCCGGGCCCUGGAACGUACAACGUCCGGCAGGCAGCAGGAAACACACUGAGGGGAGCUGAGAGUGAGCCUCCGGGGAAGAGACGGACUAAGGUGUGGCUUCGGGGUGUUCCUACUCGCCUCAAGUUCCUGCCACAGCCAGACAUUCCUUCCAUCCCGUCACCUGGGCAGGCCUUUGGCUAUGAAGACAAUGGACAGGGAUUUCUUUGCAAGCAAAAGGCACCAGAAAAGGAUGAUACAUUAGGACCUGCUUUCUACAACCCAGUGGUGGCAGAAACCAGCUUCUCUCUGAAGUACAAAGGCGUCCAUUUUGGGAAGAUGACAGGGAAGCGAGGCGAGGUGAAGGGAGAAGAGUGCCCUGGACCAGGGCAAUAUGAUCCUGAAGAGUAUUCCACGACGGAGUACGAGAACGUCAAUGUGAAGGGGCAGAAGAGUCGGGCCGAGCUGGUCGUCCCGCGCUACCACGAGAUUGUCACCUUGCAGGAGGAGAAGAAGGGAGUGCCAGGUCCAGGCCAGUACCACAUCAGGAGUCAGUUUGAGAAGCCGAGCAGCCCGUACGGCAAUCUACCUGUCUUCAGCCCUCCUUUCCUCUCUCAGGCGCAGCGGUUCAGUCCUGUGAAGGAACUGGCUCCUCCUGUAGGUAUGUACAAUGACCCGCGCUGUGCUAUGGAGAUCCUCAAGAAGACCACUGGAAUGCAGAGAAAUCCCUUUGGUCUGACUGCUGUUCGGUUCCUCCCUGACAGCCGGAAACAGUCCACUCCAGGUCCUGGUGCCUAUAAUAUGUUUGAAUAUGGCCUGGCCCAGGACAGCAUAAAAAAGGCUUACCUAGAGAGUACCAGGAAGGGAGGCUUCGGUUCGACAGCCCAACGCAGUCUCAUGUUCCACAACAUUGAAGAGGUCCCUGGGCCUGGCCAGUACAAGGUGGAGAAGAAGACAGAGGAGCUGUACAAGAAGCAGCACACAGCAGCAUUCAAGUCGGCCACAGAACGACUGGCCAUAUCCCUGGUGGCUAAAGACACCCCUCCUCCCAGCUCCUACAACGUGCGGGAGUCUUUUGAGAAGACGUAUGGCCGCGCCUCCUUCUCAGAACCCAGGAGCGAGGGGGGCAGGAGACGCCAGAGCUCAUUCCUGAGCGCAGCACCCAGACACUCCUCCUUCUUGAGCUACGAUCCGGACUUCCCAGGUCCAGGUCAGUAUAGUCCUGACAUCAAGUCCAGUCCCCAGAUGUCUCUGAUCGUGUCCAGGGAGGAUCGCUUCAAAGGCCCCAAGAACACCAACCCCGGCCCAGGCACCUAUGAGCUCAGCCCAGCGAUCAUGGACACGGUUCUGAAGGGCACGUUCAACGUAACCCUCAACAACCCGCUGAGCAACCACUACCCUGCCCCUCACCUAUUGAGCGCCUUGCCGCCGCCGCCGCCGCUCACCCUCAGCAGUAUAUAGAGCAGGGUCAAAGGGAGCUUUUUGGAGGAAACCACAGACUGCCCUGAUGUUUCAGCAUUGGGAAAACAAUUCAAAUAAAUAGAUGUUAAACAAUAAUUUGUUUAUUUUACAUUAAUUUGUAAACACAUUGAUAAUUCUUCAACAACCUUUAGAACAGGGGUAAAACUAGAUUUAGCUGCAGGCCAAUUUUUUUCUGAGUGGGUGGCCAGGUUGGCUGAACAUUAUUUUUUAUCAUUUAUACACUGCAAAUUGAUUGCAAGUAAGCCCGAAUAAGAUAUUGUAUUUGACAAUAACAUGGUCAUUUCUCACCUUUGAUUACACUGAGACACGCUCACAUCUCCCACUGGGCCCACCAUGUCAUUUCAACCUGGAUAAUUUGGUAAUAUUUGGUUGAGACGUUGUUCAAUGAGAUUACAACCUAUAUCCACCCACUCAAAAAAGACAGCCAAAAGUUAGUUGAAUUUCCAAUGUGUUAUUAUCACUGUGCUUUCAACCAUCUAAACGCACAACCAAAUUCCAAUGGAAAAACAAUGUCCAACAUAUCAAUGAUCAAUUUGUAGACCAACUAGAAUUAAAGCCAGACUAAGUCAGUAUCACAGAUGGAACUAUCCAAGCAGAAGAUACAUAUAUUUGGUUGUGUUGACAACCAAACACAGUUCAAUACCCAGUUUGUCUACAAAUGAAUAACUGAUCUGUUGGAUUCACAUCUCCAUCUCAACCAAAAGUCACAGUUAAAGAAUAGGACUAAAUAUAAUCUAAUUUAAUCAAACUAUACAUUCACUUUAAGUAAUGUUUUAUUUGAAUUAGUUGUAUUCUUAACUUAGAUUUUUGGUUGAGAUUGAGAUGUGAAUCCAACGUAUUAAUGAUUAACAUGAAGACUACAUUUGAAAUCAACCCGAGCCUGAAACCCUAGGCUUACUGUAUAUGUAUAGUCUAUUUGUAGUUGAAUCCUGGGAUGACUUGAAGCAAUAGCUGUUGAUGCCUUUGUAAAUAUUAUACAGGCCUAAAUAGUAUUAUUGGUGAUACGAGUAAUAGGGUAGCUGUAGAUAGAUCUUCAGUAAUUCUCCAGUAGUCAGUCUUGUUGAAGAUCUGACGUUGUUUUAAAGCUAAAAAUUAAACAUAUUUUAUAAAAGGUUUGUCUAUGUUGAAAUUUGGUUAAUAUGAUGACAUCAUCCUGUGGGUAAAAUUUCACCCUUUUUCAAAUCCAAUGUAUUUUCCACCACAGGAGGUUGGUGGCAC